GUGAUGCCAACUGUAUCAAUGGAUGGAGCAAAUUAUUCAGUGGUAACUGAGUUUGUGCUGCUGGGACUGUCUGCUUCUUGGGAGAUGAAGAUUCUUCUUUUCUUAUUUUUCUUUUCAUUCUAUGUGGGAAUUGUGUUGGGAAACCUGUUCAUUGUGUUUACUGUGGUUUGUGACCCUCAUCUACACUCCCCCAUGUACUUGUUGCUGGCCAAUCUCUCCCUCAUUGACCUGGGUCUAUCUUCCACCACAGCCCCAAGGAUGAUCACUGAUAUUUUCAGUGAACAUAAGGUAAUUUCUUUCCCAGGGUGUAUGAUACAGAUGUUCUUUGCUCAUGUCAUGGGAGGAACUGAGAUGGUCCUACUCAUAGCCAUGGCUUAUGACAGAUACACAGCCAUCUGCAAACCUCUCCAUUACUUGACCAUAAUGAGCCACAAAACAUGCAUUUGUUUUGUAGUGGCUGCCUGGGUGAUUGGGGUGAUCCAUGCUGUGUCUCAGUUUGUUUACAUUGUAAACUUGCCCUUCUGUGGCCCUAAUAAGAUUGAUAGCUUUUACUGUGACUUUCCUCGGGUGGCAGAACUUGCCUGCACAGACAGCAACUGGGUAGAGCAGGUGGUCACUGCUAAUAGUGGGCUUCUUUCCAUAGGCACCUUCUUCCUCUUAAUCAUUUCCUACAUCUUCAUCCUUGUCACUGUGAAGCAUCACUCUUCUGCUGGUUUGUCCAAGGCUUUCUCCACACUAUCAGCUCACAUCACUGUGGUGUUUUUGUUCUUCACUCCAUGUUUCUUUAUGUAUGUGUGGGAAUUCCCUACCUUGUCAUUGGAUAAAUUUUUGGCCAUUUUUGACUUUGUUGUUACCCCACUAUUGAAUCCUGCCAUCUACACAUUUAGGAACAAAGAUAUGAAAGUGGCAAUGAAAAGAUUGAGCAAGAAAAUUAUGAGUUCUAGGGAGACAUUAUGAUGGAUUUUAUGAAGCACAAUCAAGAGAUGCUUCGGGAUUUUGCUGAAUCCUUCCAGACCUGUAUACUGGAUGGAAGGCACACAGACAUCAUGACCUAGGACACCCUAAGAAGAUGUUUAGGAUUAUAGAGGUGCAGUUAUUUUGCUCAUCACCUGGAAUAGAGUAACACCUCCUACUCCCAUCUUCUACUUUGUAAUGUGGAAUAUAUACAGAAGCGAAUAAAAAGUCUGAGUUUAAUGAAUACAAUGAAAUCUAUUGUCAUGUACAUAGUUCAGUGUCAUGUUGUUGUAAGAAUCUGUACUUGUAAUUAAGCUUGGUUUUUGCUGAGCUUAGCUAUAAGCACCUCAGGAAAAUAACUUAUUUUUCUCAUGGAAAUUCUAUGGUCCCAAUCUAUACAUUAUGGGUUUUUAUAAACCAGAUAACAAAGAGUCCACAGUCCUUAGCUUUGUAUUC